AUGUCUGAAAUUCAAGUAUUCAGUGAGGAGCUAGAGAUGGCUGAAAUUACGGCCAACUUCCAGAAGAUGUCUAUUGGGGAUCUGAAAGAAGUCCUGGUGAAGGACGGUAAACAAGUGCUGAAAGAUAUAUUUUCAGAUAGACGUCUUGACAAGAACACCGAGAAGAAGAUCAAAGACCAUAGAAAACGUAAUGCAAUUAGUAGCAAAAACAUCUUCAAAUUGACUUACGGAAACAUGAAGAUACGCCAGAUGAAGGAUGAGAAACGUAAGGCAGUAAGACAAAUUAACAACAAGAUUGACGUUCUCAAAAAAAGUUUAUCUAAAGAUAAUGUAACUAAAAUUACAACAAUUUACAAGAUCAAAAACGUAAAAAAUGAGAAGAUUGAAGCUGAUGGAAAGAGUGUAUCUAAAGACAAUGUAAAAUUUAAUAAGAAUAAAGGUUUGGAGAACCUGAAGAAUCUUCUAUUGAAGAACGACAACCAUCUGAUAAUAAAAACAGUUUCAACAGAACAUGUUGUCAAACACACGAAGAAUAUUCUGAUAAAAAAUGAGAAGAUCGAAGCUGAUAGUGUAUCAAAAGACAAUGUAAAAAUUAAUAAUAAUAAAGGUUUAGAGAAACUGAAGAAACUCCUAUUGAAGGACGAUAAGCAUCUGAUAAAAAAAACAGUUUCAACUGAACAUAUUGAUGAGAACUCCGAAAAGAAGAUUGAAGCAGAUAUAAGAAGUGUGUUUGUUGGGAACGUUGAUUAUGGUGCGACCGCACAUUUGCUAGAAAAAAUAUUCUCUAGGUGCGGAAAAAUCAAUCGUGUUUCUAUUCCAAUCAAUACGUGCAACGGAAAACCUAAGGGUUUCGCGUAUAUUGAAUUCAAUCUGCCAUUAUCGGUGGAGAAGGCCAUCAAAAUGAAUGGAUUUAUGCUAAGAGGUAGGCCGAUCCAGGUGAAGUACAAGAGGACAAAUAAACCUGGAUUGUCGACAACCAACCGCCCAUCUUUCGAACAAGUGCAUCACAGAAGCAGGAAAACUCAUGAAGAAUGUGGGAAAACAACGCCCAAAGUAUUCAACGCUGGUGCCAAGAUUGUCCAUAUAAGCAAACAUGUUGUGAUUCUACAAGAAAACAACGAGACUGUUGGGGUGGUUUUCCAGUCUGUUCUGGUAACGGGCACUGAACAUAAGGAUUUCACUCUUAACGGUGUUCAUUUGGAUGUCAUUCUGUAUCGUGUCGUUCGUGACAUUCCAAGGAGCUUGCACCAGGGUUCGCAGGCACCUGGACUGGAAGCGUUGUAG